GCGUCUCUCCUGAUUGGUCGAAUGCCUCCUGGUAACCGGGCAUCACAACAUAGCGGACGCACGAGGAAAAGCACUUAGCUAACUGCUAGUAUUUUAUUUAUUUUUUUAUCACCUCGACGCUUCCCAUUAAUGUCAACAUGCGGUGAAUGCAACCCUCGGGAAAGUGGAGGUCUCCCCUCGUGGUGUAACCAAGGUUAGACGGGACGCUUUGUUUUUUUCCGACGGCGCCGAAACGCACCACGAGGUUAUGUGGACACAGCAUCUUCUCGAUUGUCCGCCGCUGCACUAUGGAUUAUAAAAACGAGGAGACUGAAGCAUGCCAAGGAAGGAAGCUCACUGCCGCUGCGGACGAGAGCGUCGAUGAAUAUUUAAUCGAGCUACAGCACAAAAACAGGAUCCUGAAUCGCCUCAAAGCCAAAUGCUCCAGAGAGAUUGAACUGGAAAGACUAGAGCAAGGCUUUUCUAUUUACUUCAACGGAGCCAAUGCCGAGUCCUGCAAAAAGCAGCACAAAAACCCCAACCACAAGCCCGGCGCCUCCACGCCUGUUUGGAGGACUCCAUGUACAGCAGCAGAUGUCUGUCGAAGCGCCCACCAGCUAAGUGAAGAUUUGGAGCCCGGUCACAAGAAGAGAAGCCACACCGCCCCCGGAAAAGUCCAGAGGAAAGAAUGGACACAGGAGGAGACAAUCAUAAUACGGACAGAGAACGGACCGAGCUUGAAGAUAUGCUCAGCAAAAUCUUACCCUGAUGAUUUUGAGACUUAUGAAAGUGUAGAUAUGGAGAGCUCCAGCCCACGCUCGCCUCGCGCUCUCUGCUCCCCGAGGGACACCUGUGCGCUUUCACGCUCCUUCACCUCCGGGACCCACAACCAAGCAGGACAAGGCAGCCAGGAGCACGGCGAAAAAGUGCUUCUCAAUCUCGAGGAAGUAAAGGUUUUGAGGCGCAGCCUGGAGAACAGCAUGCGGCGGAGCAGCCGCGGCUCAGCGGGCGAGGAGUCCGACGAGGAGUGGGUGGAGGAGCAAAUCGAGCGCGACGAAAGCACCGAGAGUCUCGAUGAACUGGGACUUGCCGUGUCGUCCUCCAAGUCUUCCUCCACUCCUCGGCCCGGCGGCACACAUCGCCACUUUGACCCGGCAAACCUCAUUGUCCUCGACUUUGGACCGGCACCUACAGGUCGUAAACUUGAGCGUUCAUUGUCUGCAAAGCGGAAGGAAAACAGUGACGUCUUCAUACCCGUCAAGCCGAUGCUGGUCAAGAGCAAAACGUUAGACAUGCCGCCUUCGAAAGACAGCUGGGGCAGUCCGAGGGCAGGAAGUCAAGCUGAGCGGCCCCUCUCAACAGCCAGGAGGGCUUUCACCGACGAGCAAGACCCGGACGAGGUCGCCCGUGGGGUGUGCGAGGCCAUCCAGAGAGAAAACACGAGUCCCGAUCUUUUCUCUCGCAACAUGGGCAGAGGGCAGCAAAUGAUGAACGGCUUAGUGCAUCGUAGCAGCAGCAACAAAGAAGAGAGCAGUGUCAAUGUGGCCAUGCAGAGAAUCACACUCAUGGGCUCCAGGGAGCAGCACAAACUGCUCAAGGCCUUGGAGGAGCUGGAAAGUGCACCCACCUCCAGCAUACCUCAGGGUGUCAAAACAGAGUGCAGCAAACCGCCGCAGCCGAGACGCUCGUCCGACGUCCUCCCCGCCGUGUACGUCACGAUGGAACUCCUGUCUAACUGGGGCCACCCGUUGCUGGUGGGCCUGACCGAGCUGCAGUUCUUCGGGCCCGGCAACAAGAAGCUGUAUGUGUCGCCGCACGACCUCGACAUCAGGAACGCCGACUAUCCCGGGAAUCUGGCGUCGCUCGUCAAUGGCAAGGCGAAGGUCGGUCUACCAGCCUCAUGUGCGAACAGUUUGAGCAUAGAGAUUGAUUAUGACGUUCUAUAGACGACCAAGGAGCGCCACAUGUGGACGUGCCCCUUCCACCCUCCCAUCCAGCUCUACUUCAUCAUCCGCAACACGGAGCGCUCUUCAGACUUUGGCAUAUCGCGCAUCAAAAUCUGGAACUACAACAGAAGCCUUAAC